UAUGUUCUGAGUAAAUCUUUCAUGGAAUGGUUUGAAAAGGAAGCAUAUCUCAUCUUCCAAGAUUUAUCAGAGAAGUAUCCAAUGACAGGGUUACUAUUGAAUGGGAGAGCUGUUUGUUGCAUUCACAUGGCUAAUUUUGAUGAAGCUGAAACAUUGUUGCUCGAGGCCCUAAACAAGGAUGCAAAGGAUCCAGAGACUCUAGCCAACUUCGUUGUAUGCAGUCUUCACAUUGGCAAAUCUUCUUCACAUUAUCUCAGCCAGCUGAAGAUUUCACAUCCAGAUCAUAUGCUUGUUAAACGUGCAUCAUCUGCCAAAAACAAUUUCGAAAGAGCAGUUCAAGCAGUUGCUUGAUGUGUUGUUGGUUUUGAUUCUAGUUAACAAGGUGAAUGCUAUUGCUUCACUUUUGUCGCAAUUGUUUUUUAGGGAUUCCGCAAAACCCCUCUAUAAGCUAGGAAAUAUACAACCGAACUGGAGUUUUUUUUUUAUGUAGAGCUCAGAUUUAAUUAGUGGCAUUUCCCAUGUCUUGUUGAACGUCUCCUUAUUUUUUUUUUCCCUUUUUCUUAGGUUAGAUGAUAGUUAUCAAAGGGGGUUCAUUCUAUGAUCAAUAGACUUAAAAACUAACACCAGACGUGUUUGGUUUUAACAUUUAUAGGGAGUUAAUGUGGUCAAAUUUGAUUGGCUCAAUUGUCUA